AUGGCGUCUCUCCGCUGUCGGCGCGAUCCCUGCGGUGUUAUUUGUCUGAUAUUAACUUAUUUCAGCGUGUUUUAUGCGGACUACGUGGUCAUACAGUACGUCCUCAUCCCUGCCUACUCCGACAGUGUGUGGUGCACCAUCCAUGGCACUAUUUUUAACCUGAUUUUGCUGCUGCUCCUCGCCUGCCAUUCCAAAGCUGUCUUCUCUGACCCUGGGAUGGUACCUCUUCCAGAAACCGCCAUUGACUUCUCAGAUCUUCGCUCUCAGUCUUCUCGAAUGAAUGAGAGGGGCUGUGAGGGCUGGACCGUGUGCAGCCGCUGUGAGACGUACAGACCUCCACGCGCUCAUCACUGCAGAGUCUGUCAGAGGUGCAUCCGCCGCAUGGACCACCACUGCCCCUGGAUCAAUAACUGUGUGGGGGAGCUGAACCAGAAGUAUUUCAUCCAGUUUCUUUUCUACACUGGAAUGGCGAGCCUGUAUUCCCUGGUUCUGGUGGUGUCUGCGUGGAUCUGGAGGAUCAGAAGUGAGAGGACGGAAGACUCAGAGAAAGAGUCCGAGGAGUCGCCCAGUAAACACCUGAUUGUGGGUCACUACAUCAUUCUUCUGGUGGAGUCGGUGCUUUUUGGAGUUUUUGUCAUGGUCAUUUUCUACGACCAGCUGGUGUCAAUCAUCACAGAUGAGACGCCCAUUGAGCAGAUGAAGAACAGACUGAUGCUCAUCAACAGAGGUCCCGCCUCUUCAUCGUCAUCGUCAUCGUCACAAGUGACCAACCACACGCCUCACACCAGGAAGCCCAAACUCGCUUUGCUACGAGAGGUCUUCGGCAGAGGGUCCGUGUUGUGCUGGCUGUUCCCGCUUCACACCAGCCCUCCCACUGUCGGCGGCAUCACGUACUCCGCUCUCCCAGACUACGACGUCUGA